AAAUGGACGGGAUGGAGUACCAAGUGUCAUGGAUGACCAUUUCCACAUAAAUGUAUCGCUUUGAAAACAUUUGAGGAUUAAGUUUUCAGUUCACAAGUUACCUAUGUAUGUUCGAACACACAACAUGUAAUGAAUUCCUGGAGAAGAUGAAUCAAAACCUGGAGGCUCCCUCAUUGAAGAUGUGUACAGAUGAGGUGAAUCUCAAAAUGAGGAGCUAUUUUCCAUGUGCAUUGAGAAACCAAGGCGUCAUAUUACCAUAUAUUAAUGAACCUUGGGAUUAAACCAUGCGUUGAUUAACAGUGAACAAAGGACAACAAGGAGUUCAAAAGACACAACAAUUAGUCCUCAGAUGAACUCGCAUAUAAAUCAGGUAUAUAUAUAUAUAUAUAACAGCCGCCUAUGCAUGUUCAUCUAGCACAACAAGAGAUGGCUGAAAAGAAUAAAAGCAAAGUUGUGUGCUCAGAUGAUGAUCACAGUGAUGCUGAAGAGAGCAAAAAGACAUUGGAUGACUUAACUCUCCCUCUAGAGAAACUCAACCUUGGCCCAGAAAAGAAGAAGAAGAAGAAGCUUCUGGUUAUUGGUCUUGGAGGCUUGCUUUGUCAUAGAGUAUACCGCACUGAAAAAAUCUACAUUCCAAAUUAUCGCCGUCCGGAUGCAGCAUAUGGAAACUACAAGCUUUACAAGAGGCCUUACUGUGAAGAAUUUAUGAAGUUUUGUCUGGAAAGAUUUGAAGUGGGAAUAUGAUCUUCUGCAAGGGAAUGGUACUUGGACAAUGCCUUGGAUUGUGGGAUGAAAGGAUUGAGGAGGAAGUUGUUGUUUGCUUGGGAUCAAGUGGAGUGUACUGAUUCAGGGUUCAAAACCUUGGAGAACCAAAAGAAGCCCAUCUUUCUGAAAGGGUUGAAGAAAAUAUGGGAAAACAAGGAUUUCAAAGCCUCACUUCCAUCUUCCAUGGGGAAAUACUCUUCAUUGAACACCUUGUUAAUUGAUGAUAAGGCUUACAAGGCUCUACUAAAUCCUGCUCACACAGCCAUCUUUCCUCCUGAAUUCAAGGUUGACCAAGUUGAUGACAAGGCUUUAGGUCCUAAUGGUGAGUUGAGGCUUUACUUGGAGGGACUUGCAGAUGCCGAUGAUGUUACUUCUUAUGUUAAAGAUCAUCCAUUUGGACAGCCAGCAAUAACAACUACUCACUCAGAUUGGGAUUUCUAUUCAAAGAUCCUUACUCAUUUCCAGAAAGAUUAAGCUAUUGCAGAAGCUCAUCAAUUAAUGUUAUGGAGCUGGAGACAUUAGAAUAAGAUUGUUAUCACGGUAUUUUCUAGUUUUAAAAAAUUGGCUUUCCAUUUGGCCAGCCUGCAAUAACAACUAGUCUUUCUGAACGGAAUUAGUAUUCAGAGAUUCUUGCUCUUUUUCAAAAGGUCUGUGCUCUAGCAAAAUUCUGAAGUUGAAGUGAAAAAUAAAAUAAAAUGGUAAUUGCUAUAAGGGAUAUCUUCUACUUUUCACGUCUAUGAUUAAUUGAGCACUAAUAUUAAUGCUUCAAAUGAUCAGAAAUGGAUUAAGAAGUUGUUUUAAGCAUCAAGUUAACCUUUUCACACUUGCACACAGUUCAUUUGGGUACUGGCCAAUGCUAAUUUGAGGCCUAAAUAAGCAGCCCAUAUUCUCUUUGGACUCUGAAUUAAGGCUUUUUAAUAAGCCCCUCUAUCAUCUUGUAAGUUCUGGUUUCAAUCAGCAUGAAUGAAAUCUUCAUUUUCUAUCCAAA